UUGAAAUGUUAAGGAGUGUCAGGUAUUUAAAAAACAAAAAUUUAUUGUUAAUAUAUAAUAAAUUUUGUUGUGUUUAAAUUUAGACCAUCAUUUAUGAAUGAUUUUGAAAAAUGUGAAAUAGAACUUAAUGAAUUAUAUGGAAAUUAUGUAUUAAAAUUUCGUAUAUUAACUUAUUUAGAAAAAGAACUUGAAGGACAUUUUCGAAGUCAACGUGAAAAAGUUCAAGAAGUAUCUCGACAAUAUAUGCAAUCAAUUAAUUCACAAAUAACAGAACAAGAACAACAAAGAUUUAAUAGAGAAUUACAAGAUCCUAAUGAUGAAAUUGGUGUACAUAGUGAUGAAGAAGAAGAUGAAGAAGAAUCCGAUGAAGAUGAGUAUGUAAAAUUUACAAUGAAAGAUACACUAACAAUCAUCUCUUUUAUGUUCUAG